AUGACAAAAUACUUUAAUAAAUUUAAAAGAUCUUAUUUGUUUAAAAAACAAGAUCAAGUUCCUAUAAAUACAGAAGAAAGUAUAGUUUAUGAUAGAGAAGCAGAUAUUAGAAAUUUUAGAAGUGAUGAUCCAUGGAAUUGGGAAUUCGUUCUAGAAGAAGAAGUCUGUGAUUUAUUAGAAGCAUGUUAUAUAGAGGUUAAAUCAAGGGGAGUAAUGAUUCCCUUGGUAUUUUUGCCCUUUAGGCCUAUGUCAGAUGUUUUAUCAACAAAAGCAUAUAUUAGAAAAUUUUUUUCAGUUGAUAAUUCACAAGUACAUAAAAAUCAGCUUAUUCAGGAGCUUCCUAUAGUAGAUAUUUACGUGAUAAUUGGGAUUAUUCGUUGGUGUUGGCUAAGAUUAAUUGAUGGUGUUGUAGGAUGGAAUGUCUAUGAAGCGUUUAGAAAACUUGAAAAAGAAGCAAAAUAUCCAUAUAAUGCAUUUUCUGAUUAUAUUCCUACAAUUGUAAAAUCCAAGAUUCGGGAAAAAAUCAUUCUUGGUUUUUUUGAUAUUCUUUCUGCUAUAGCAGCUUAUUCAAAAAUUAAUGGACUUUGUGGAGAUAAAUUAUCAAGAACAGCAGGGUGGUGGGCGUUUAAUUUUAAAAAUAAAGACCAAGGAUUCCACAGAGGCUAUAGUAACUGGAAGAGAUCAGCAGAUGCAAAUGAACAUUUAUUUUUUGCAUACCUUAGGAGUAUAAAAGAACAACAUACUAAUACGGAACUAUAUGUUCCAAAUCCAUUACCAUUGUCGCUUGUUAAAUUGCUUGAACAAACUCCAUAUCCUUUGUCUGUAGCAUCACCAAUAACAUUACAUCAUAAAGAUACUCUUUGUAUCGAUGUGUUUUCGAAUAUACCUAGUCCAAAUAUUUUUACAAUUCUUCAACGUGUUGCAAUACAAGGUUUAGAUACAGAUGAUGAAAUUUCUUUAGCUCUAUGGAAACAUCGUGAUCAUAUUGAAAAUGCAUUGACUGAUGAAUCAAAAAGAAUUCUUAUGUGUAUUUCUAAUACAUUAAUAAAUACAUCAUCUCCAAAAGAGUGUGAAAAAUGGGAAGAAUUUAUGAAUUUUGGAUUUGAUUAUAUCGAAAAUAAAUCAAGUUCCCCUAAAACUGAUUCAUUAUACAAAAUAGAUAAGCAAAAUGCUUAUUUGAUAGAUAAUCUCAAUCAACAUUCUACGGACUUAGAACCAAAAACCAAUCCUACACUUUCUCUGGAAAAAAGUCCUUUACAUCGUAUAUUUCCUUUCAACAAUGCAUUUCCUCUUAUAAAUGGGAUUCAUCCACAUCCAGAAUUAGAUUCUGCUACAAAAAUUAAUACCGAAUGGUUGAAUGAAAGUACAAUAUCAAAUAAGAUUCGUAUUAGUUUAGAUGAAAGCUUUUGGGGAGUUUGGAUCGACUCUUGUAGUGAAGAAACUCCUAUAUUUAAAAAAACAUUAUUUGGAAAAUCUUUUCUCUUUGAGAUUGAACUAGACGAGAAAAAAUGGCUCGUUAUAGAGGAACAAAAUAAUAAAUGUGAUAAAUGCAUAUCUUUCAAUCCAUUUCUUGCAAACUCUUCUGUAGAAAAUAAACAAAAAUUUUUCAAUAAUUUGGAGAAACAUAAAUCAUCAUUUUCAAAUGAUGAGGAACAUAAACUUAGGCGUACUUUGUCUGAAUAUUUCAAGCAUCAGAAAAAUAAAUUUAAAAUUAUACAACGAUAUAAAACUAUUAAAACAAAAAAAAAGUCUCUUUUAGAAUAUAAGCAAGACAUAAUAGAUAAAAAUAUUAUUAGAAAUUCGGAAGAAUAUCUUUAUAGAGAAAACAAUUCAUUGGAAACAUUAAAUUCUAUAAAAGUUCCAUUUUCUUAUAGUAAAAUAGAAUAUAUGGUAGCUUUGAAUGAUAAAAAGAAAUCGGAUCCAUCACAAAUAAAACAACAAGAUAACAUUUCUAAUCCUAAAAUAGAAAAUGAAAUUGAAAAGCUACCUAUCAAAGAUUUAAAUUUAUAUUCGUACUCAUUAUCUACAAAUAAAAGAUAUGGAAUAUUAAAUGAAUUUAAUUUAAAAAUUUCGGAUUACUCUAAUUCUACUUCAAAUAUCCACCAUCUAACUUCAAAGUUGUCUUCUUUUAGAACAUCAAUUGCAAAUAAACCAAAAAAAGAUCUCCCAUAUAUACUUGAUAAUAUUAAUGCUACUCAAAAUGACGGUGCUGUUGUAAAUAUUUCUAACACAAACUAUCAAUUAAAAAGAUAUUUUACACUUAAGAAAUACACGGGUAAAUUGUUUAGAAAUUCGAAACAUUGCAAAAAUACUAUUCCUAUAAAUUAUCAAAUACAAAAGGAUCAGUAA